UGAAAGGAAACUCCGCGGAUCCGGCCUAAGGGUCUCUCCUAGGGCUGGUGCGUGUAUCGGGUUCUAGCGAAAAAUUCGUCCCGUGUGUCGUCGCCAGGUCCCUGGUACGAAGUAAAAGUCCGGCUCUCCGUCCGACCACGGCCGUGGCAUCGCCGAUCAGCGGUCGUGUUCGCGCGCGCGACAGAUCGUCCUUCCUCGCCGCGAAUCGCGCGAUUCGCUCGCGCCCCAUCGCCGCGAGCCACCCCGACGUUACACGCUCGCGAAGCGUAAACACGCAUACGCGCACGCAUCGUACACGCAGCCACGCAGCCAGCUAGCCGACCAACCAGCUAUAGGCGGUCAAGGAGCCUACGCGGAGCAGGAGGAGGGAACCGUCUUGGCGGACUGAUUUAUCCUGAUAUAUCGCUCCCCCAGUGCGUGAACGCAAAGUGAGAGUUUACUGUGGUACCGUGAGUGUGCAGACGUGAUCAGUGAAGAGUUAUUGGUGUCCGAACUGAGGGAGAGAGAGAGGAGGAGGAGGCCUCUCGAUCCACGGAAGAGAAACACGCAGAGCGCCCAUCGGCCGAAGGUAGACCAGUCUUGUAUCUGGCUCUGCUAGAAUCUCGCUCUCUCUCUAUCUCUCUCUCGACGGCUAGUCGACGCAGGCCGUGAUUCCGUGUGCAAGCUCUCGGACCAGCCGGGAUUCUCUGCUUAAACGGCGACCGGGAUUCGCGGAAUACCGAGAAUAUAGGGGGUAUCAUGUAUACCCCGAUUGCAGCCCUCCUUUGAGGGUCGAAUCGACGAUCUCGGCCGCGUCGGUAACGCUGUGUGUUCGGUUCCGUUCCCCGCGGUGUGUAAUUGUGCGCUGGAACUAGACCGAAGUCGUCCGAAGCUCGAGGAUCACCGACUUCGGCGGAAGAGGCUGGUCCCGUUGAGGACUAACCGUGUACCACAUCCCCGCGCUGAAAGAGGACACGAAACCUCGCAAGGAUGCGGGACCGGCUAUCGUGGUACAUGGUCUUCCUGAUCCUGCCGACAAUUCUUCUGGCCAGGUCGCUCGAUAAAGACCGGCGCGUACCUUACAGCAUACCGUCAGAUUGGAAGACGCUGUGGUUCAGCAAUGUCGACGAGCUCCAGAGAGUGAACGAGGCGAACGACAACAACACCGUAUCGAACGUGACGGUGCAGUUGGGCGGGACGGCGUUUUUGCAUUGCAAAGUUCGCAAUUUGGCAGAAAGAACGGUGUCCGACGCCGAGAUAUCCUGGAUACGGCGGCGCGACUUCCACGUCCUGACCAGCUCGUUGUUCACCUACACGAACGACGAACGGUUUCAGGUGUUGCAUCCGGAGGGUUCGGACGAUUGGACGCUGCAGAUCAAAUACGUUCAGGAGAGGGACAAUGGGACGUACGAAUGUCAGGUCUCAAGGAGUACAGGGAUAUUAUCACACCUUGUCAAUCUAAACAUAGUAGUACCAGAAGCAUUUAUAGUAGGGAGCGGCGAACAUCACGUCGACGUAGGAUCCAUUAUAAAUCUCGUAUGCAUGAUAGACAAGAGUCCAACGCCGCCGCAAUACGUAUUCUGGUAUCACAAUAACCGAAUGAUAAAUUUCGACACCACGCGCGGCAGCGUAACCGUACAAACCGACGCCUCCUCGACUCAAAGUCGAUUGUCGAUCCAGCAUGCGGUGGAAUCGGACACAGGCAAUUACACGUGCAGCGCCUCGAAUACCAAGUCGGCGUCCAUCUUUGUCUUUGUCACGGAAGGUGACAAAAUGGCAGCCAUUCAGCGCCGCAAGACAUCGGCCGCGGAGAAAAAUUUCUGUGAAUUGCUAGUACUAAUUGUCACCAUUGCGAUAGACGCCGUUUUGACGCGAUAAGCGUUUCUCUUCGAUAUGUCCAUAAUUAUUAUUAUACCGUUACUUCCGUUUGUGAUAGAUAGGCUACUAUUCUGCGAUUUUAUCCCUCUAUUCACUCUCCUUCUUUCCCUUCAUGCUGGACAUCUUCAUAUCAUGCGACAUCUUGUUUCCCCGUUCCUUUCGAACAUUCCUUUCCACCUUAUAGUUUACUCUUAGCGUUACCUUGCAGCAUCGUCGCGAAUCAUCCCUCAUCAACCUCCGUCUCGAUUCUCCCAUUCUCGCCGAGAACAUCCACAUCCGCGUCGUCCUCUCUUCUGCGUCUAUCGUCGUCAUCCCUCGUCUGGUUUUUCCUCUGUUCUUGAAAUAUCAUCGCCGAGGUUGCCGCCGGCCGAAAUGAUUUCGAUAUAAUAUUACAUAAAGAAAAAAAGAAAAGAAAACAAAUACACACGCACGAGAUUCUCAUGGUAGAACACCGCGUGCCCCGCGACUCGCGUGCGACCGAAAUCGUUGGAACGCUCGCGGAUAAUUGCGAUUUCUCUCUUUCUCUCCUCUCCCCUCCUCUCCCGUCCCGUCCCACCCUCGCGGCCUCCAACUUACCCUCGAUCACUCGGUUUUACGGCCGUUUUCUCCUUCUUGCGCGGCGCACGUCGGAACGGUUCGCGAGCAAUGAAAAUUAUCUGACCGCGGAGAUCGUUUCGGUAAUCGUAAAAAUAAUUGUCCUUCC